AUGGCACCACAAGACUUGAAAGUUGAGCUGAGAAAAAGCCUGAACGAUUUAGCAACGAUUGAUGUGCCUCGUGUGGUUUACGAGCGUUUCUGCAAGGUGUCGUUCAUGAACUCGUCAAAGCCAAUCUCGCGCCUCUACCUGAAUCAGGAUCUCGAGCUACACGUCUUCUCCAUGCAGUCCGCCUUUAUGCCCGAAGAGGGAAUGUCAUUCAAGUUGGACGUCACAUAUUACAAAUGUGGUGGAAUGAUCACGAAACCGAAUACGGGCGUUCUUACGAGUCCAAACUUUGGCGACGGUCGACCGUAUCUGAAGAACUCGCAUUGUCUUUGGAUGCUUGUGGCACCUGAAGGAAUGGUGGUGAAG